GUCGUGGCCGAUGACGUGGCCUUCUCCGUUAAAAAUUCAAUAACAGUAACAGACAAUCAGCCAUAUCUUGACCAGCAACAAUAGUUAUGGCUAAUAAUUUGAAUUUUCGUAGUUGUGGCUAUAAUUUCCCGCUUCAUAAUAGUUGUGGCUAAUAUAUUGUAUUUACUCAAAGUUGAGAAACCAUUUGAAGUAAUUGUCCGAUCGCGGUGCAAAAUAAUUAAUCUCCAUUGGAAUUGGAAUAUUGGAUGCGUGAAAACGGUGCGUAUCAGUAGCUGACGUCACGUCACUCUUUUUCGCGGAACGGCCAGAAAAUCAUAGCGCGACCGCGACAAGAACAGAGAGACCCAAGUCGAAGUAGAAGCAGCUGCGAACCCAAAAACCCAAUCCCCUUUCCAUUCGAAAUCUCCUCUCCAUCUCUCUCUCCUUCCAUCAUCGCCGGAUUCAGAGACUUCCAUUGACGCCGUAGGAAGAGAGAUUUGAGAGGGGAAAGGGAAGUCAGGGCUGGUUUAGUUGGUAGUUCGUUCACCGGGAUUAGCGAAAGGGGAGUAGUUUUAGCAAUGGCGGAGGAUCUGGUACUGGACACGGCGAUCAGAGAUUGGGUUCUGAUCCCGCUCUCCAUCGUCAUGGUUCUCAUCGGCGUGCUCCGCUACUUCGUCUCUAAGCUCAUGCGUUCCACUCAGGUCCCCGACGGCAAGAUCGUCAAAGAAGGGCAAGUGAUCGUUAGGGCUCGGAACUUGAGGGCGGCGGCAAAUUUCAUUCCUCCCAAGUCGUUUCGCGCUCGGCGAGCUUAUUUCAGUAAUGAGGAGAACGGACUGCUGCAUGUUCCUAAAGGGCAGGCUCAAAACCCACAAGCGCAAAUGUUCUCUGAUCCUAACAUGGCCAUGGAUAUGAUGAAGAAGAAUCUGUCUAUGAUUAUACCCCAGACUCUUACUUUCGCCUGGGUCAACUUUUUCUUCUCUGGAUUUGUUGCAGCCAAGAUACCCUUCCCACUGACUCAGAGGUUCAGAUCAAUGCUUCAAAAUGGGAUCGACUUGAGCACUGUUGAUGUUAGCUAUGUCAGUAGCCGAUCAUGGUAUUUUCUUAAUUUAUUUGGGUUGAGGGGCUUAUUCAGUCUUAUCCUUGGAGAAGAUAAUGCCACUGAUGAUGCUCAGCGCAUGAUGCAAAUGAGUGGGUUUGGCUUUGAUCCAACAAAGAAUUUGGGCGCCGAGAAAGAUGGGCUCGACAUUGUUCAGCAUGAAUGGGCCCUACCAAAGUUUGAGCAGCGUGCAGAAGCAGUCCUUAGAAAGCUUGUAAGUUAAAGAGUUUCUAUUGAUUUAUGCAAAAAGCAGUUCCUAUUCUUGCAUAGAUCUGCUGUGAGCUAGAAUUGACUGGACCAGAACAGUUACUCGCGAACCCAGUGAAUCGAUCCUUGUAUUUUGGGUUUUUGUUUCUCAAGCUUAGAUGAUCGGUGAGGAAAUUUUCCACCUUGCUUACUGUAGUUUGUUUCUCUUCCUCACGAAGACAAAGUGCGUGCAGUACACGAUAGUUCGACCGACAGCUUUGUAUGAAAUCAUAUGUCAAACAUUUCAAUCCAUAUUGAAUCAUUGCUUUAGGAAACUGCACCUUGUUCACACAGUUCUACUAUGGUUCCUCACUGCAGCAUGAAUUGCAGGCUCGUAUUAUAUUGUUUGGUUCUGAUUGUCGGGGCGAUGGCCCAUAAUCAUCUCUUCUGAAAACACUCAACAGUUAGUAUCUUGGUAGAAUUCUUUCAUCCUCCUAUACCACCAUUCGGAACUCCCAAUCAGAGAAGCUAUUAAGAACUCCUCUGCAACUCUGCUGUCAGUGUUGUAAAAACGUCAUGGAUGCGAUGUGCAUUCUGAAAAGCACAGUGGGACUCCCAAAUAGAUCGAAGAAAUGUUACUACGCAACCAAAGAAGCGAUAAACAAAUGGAUCGAUGAAAUGUUAUGUUAGUUAUUUCAGAACAUCAACACGACAGAUCAAUCGAAAUGAUGUUUGGUGAUUGAACUUUUAGCAACCUCUCAAAAGGUGAGUGAGGUGUUUCUCUUUUAAGGGAUGGGAAUGGGAUCAACAAAGAUAGGUAAAUUACAUGAGGAAGGGCAAUGAUAGAGAAAUCGGCUGACACUUUGGCCACCGGCCUUUUUUUUUUUUUUUGCUUCUUACAAUAUAACCUUUUUUCUGAAGACUUUACAGCGUGUACGUAUGGUGCAUACAUUAUAUGGCUAAAGAACAAUGCCAAUAAGAGGUAUAGUUUUAGGUGUUAUUGAGAGCACUAUAUACAUGAAUAAAGACGUUUACUAUGCAUAUUGAUUGAUCACUUCGGAUGGCGAAAUGUGUCUCGAUGAAAAAAAAUCACGACUAGGCUUCUUGCCUUGUAUUAUGAUGGAUAGAGACACCCCCAAUCACUGUCAUCAUGCAGAUUUCGAUACGGUACAUUCCGAUUUGCAAUCGAUAAUACUAUAUGAUAAUCGAGCCAAUGUACAAGAAAUCAGUUAUAUGGCCUUGUGUGGCGGCGGAUUGUCCAUGCACAACUCGCCCUACGUGUUGUAAUGAUGUAGGGCGAAAAUGAAAAGAUGAGGUUGGCAUCUUGAUGUGCUGGGUUCUCCUUGUACUAGAGCUUAAUUAGAACUAGAAGCAGGACAAAUUCAAUCGGUAGGCUUGAUGAGUUGCACCACCACAUUCUUCUAACUAGAUCUGAGCCGCGAACUAAGACACGACUUAGAUCCCUCAAUGAUUUUUCGUAAACUUCACUUGAUAAGUUAUGGAUUAUCUUUCCGAAUUUAUCAUAUAUUUAUUUUGAUAAGCCGACUCGGUCAAUCUUACAUACGAUCCUUACAAUAACAAAUCACUCAAGAACCGAAUAGAUUUUCUCUGAGUUGUUAGAAAACCAUCAAAAGUUUUUUUUUUUUUUUUUUAUCAAGUGAAGAGACAAUAAUGAUUCAAGGGUAUGAACCGAAAGAUGGCAAUUUGUGCGUAGCAUUGAAAUUUGCAAAAGCGAAUGAUCUCUUUGUGAAGACAGGAUGACAUGGAUGACUGUGGUCUAGCGUGGCCAAUACCAGACGGCCAACCUGGAAAUCAUGCUCUUAUGUCAGACCAAAAUAUAUAGAAGAGAUUCCUCUAUGGUACAAGCACAAUAAUCCCUAAAAUUACCGUAACAAAAAUUGAAUCGGUUAGGCCAUGAUUUAGAGUCCUCUAAUAGUAAAAUCGUGAAAGAAUAUUGACUGAUCAGAUUGAUUUCCAAUCUCAUUCAACGAUCAUUCGAUCAUAUGAUACAAAACCUGAUCGAUCGUAUUCCAUUCAUCAUCCGACCGUCCAAUCUUUCAAUCAUAUAAUAUGAUAUGAAACUUGAUCAAUUAAAUCGAUCUUUACACAUCGCUCAACACAUUGUUGAAUCAUUAAAUCACAUACCAUAUCGUUUCACCGAGACUGGAAAAAACCGAAAAAUCUAUUAUGACGAUUGAGAAGUACUAGUGAAAUUUGGUGGGGAGGGGAUCAGAUUAGGUCCCACUACAAGCACCGGCCUAGGCAAACCUUGUUGCAAUUUGCUUGGCUCCUCUCAUCCUAAAGUCCCACAUCAUAAUUAUUCACCAAUUUUGUGUUGUUGCUUUACAUGUUCAAAAUUUCUCUUAUGAAUAGAAAGUGGGGGAAAAAGUGAGGGAAAUAUAUACAUAUGUGCCCUAAGGAUGGCAAAAGCAAACAAUAAUUUGACCAAUAUUGGCCCCCCUAAUGUUCAUCAUAACAAUAAGCAAUACAUACUAUUCCAUUUUUAAUUUCGAACUUUAGAAUCACCAUUAUAACCUCUUCAAAAUUACUACAAAAAUUAACCGCUACAAUUGGUUUCCAUCCAAAUUAUUUUUAACCCAAAUAACCCAUUAAUCUCAGCUGGCUAGAUGUAUUGUUUAGAUCCAACUACUGCUUUGCUUUACAUGCCCAUAAAUUCUUUGCUUUACAUGCCCUUCUAUGUCUUCUCUCUUUGCUUCCCCACCAAAUUCUUAGUGAAAGGCUUGAAUGUAUAUGGAAUCACCAAACAUAUAAUUUUUUAACUGUGUUUAAACUUUAAGUGCCAUUGAUUAUGGUAAAAACACAUCAAGGUAGAUCGAAUGAGUUUCGGCUUGUGUCUUACGACAUUCAAGUAUGUCAUCAAGUUUAACCACCAACGUUGAGGGGUGACUCGAGUGAUAGAUUAGUUGAGGAUUAGUGUAGUGUAAUUUUGGAUUCAAUUCUUGAAGGCCAUCAUUCAACGGUCGAAAAUUUCUCUGGUAGCUAGCCACCAUCAAAGAUAUAAACCCGCAGAGUCAUUCACUCUCAUGCAUGAAAUUUGUCGAGUACUCAUGAAGUCGAGGUAAGUAGCGCCGACGAAGUCUUUGGUCAUUAAAAAAACUGUAUGUGGUUAGUUUAGCAUUAAUCAGAGCAAUGUGAAAAGCAAAGAACAUGGAAGAAUGAUAGAAUUAGUGACAAAAGGGGGGGGGGGGGGGGGGGGGGGGGGGGGAGAGAACUAAUUGCGACGGGUGUGGUCAUGAUCAUUCACAUGAAGGAGAUUGGCCUCCACCACUACCAUGCCAUUUGCAAUCUGUAUCUUCUUUGCCAAUUCAUUUCAUUAUGUGCAAGCUUGCUGGUCCUUUAUCUUUGUAUAAUACCUAAUCAAAUCAAAUCAAAUGACCUCACAUGUGGAUUCCUUAUCUCCAAAAUAAUCAAUAUUAAUAAAAGUUGGCAAGUUAGCACCUAAAUACUUGUUCAUUUGAGGUUUAAUAAGGUGUAUGUAUGUGGUAUAGGAUUCGUUAUUGAAUCUGUUCAUCUAACAAUUCGAGUUAUUUGGAAAUCGGUACUUUACAUGGUACUAGAGACUUCUGCGGUCGAAAGAUUUUCUAUUUGAACCCCGGGUGACCUAUUGGUAAACACAUGAUGUCUGAUGCAUGUGCAAACAGUUUCAAACUCAUAUGAGUGGCUUUCUUUUGAGGGAGCGUGUUAGCAUGUACAACCAAUUGAACCAAUUGGUUUUUGACAUAGGGUAAUUGAGAUUGCAAAUACAACCAAUAGACUUAAAUCGACGUGGACCUGAUUAUUGAUUUAUUUCUUAUUAUUGUUAUUUUUUAUGUGCGAAUGAUAAUUGUUGAAAUCAAAUUUUUUUUAAGGCUUUGGAUUGAGAUCGCAUCUUUGCAGAUUAAGAGAAGUGGUAAGCAGGCUCUCGAAAUUACCAUUAUACCGUAAUCGAUACAUCGUUCAAUUAAUAAUGAUCGAGAUUUAUCAUCACUUCGACCAUCACUCAACAUUGUCAACAAGUUUGCAAAAGAUAAAUGAAGGAAUUUGAAAAGAAAACCCAAAAAUCAAGAUUAUCAAUGUCACAGCCAGCCCGCAAGAAUGCAUUUUACAACUGGACAACCUUUUGCAUCAAUCUGUGUCAGGAACAUGGUAACUGUCCAUAGCUAAUUGCAAAAAAGAUUCCUCUGCCGUAUAUCUUUCUGAUCAUUCCCCCCCUUACUUUUCUCCAAAAAAUUUUAUGUCACCAUUAACAAAAUACACAUUUCUUUAUCAAAAUACUUUGCUCCUCUGCUCAUCGCAACCUCUAUAAAUAGCUCUCUCAACACUCUGCUCAUCUCAUCACACUCUCCAUAUACCUCUGCCUUCACUCUUUCCUCCAUCUCCAGACCUUCUUCGAACAGAGCUUCUAGCCCUUCUCCCUGUUCCUAAAGAUGGCCGGCGUUGAGGUACUUCAUAUAUAUGCGGUUCAUCGAUACGAUCGUAGUGAUCAUUUGAUCAUUCGAUCACUCUCCCAAGAACCAUCCAUAUUCAUAGAUAUAUAAGGAAUUUCAUUUGACCAAAUAUAGAGCUUUGUUUAAUCUACUAUUCUCCUACAAGAAAUUUAACUUUUUGCGACGGCAUUAGUAGUCGCUAUAAUCAAUCAAGCGGUUGC